AUGUCUUCCGCGAUUCAUCCUCAGUACUUCUGUACUCGUCCUAAUGGCACCUUCACCCCCCUUAUCGCUGUGGAUGAGCUCCCCUCGCACAUCUCGAUUCGUGGAGCUCCCCGUGUACUAGCAGCUAGUGAGACGCAAGGAAUGACGAGCCUUGGGAUUGUACAAACGAGACCCCAGACCUAUGUCGUUGAAGGAGCUAGCCCCGCUUCCACUCGAGGAACAUCCACAAAUUCGACCGGAUACCGCACCCGUGACUCCGAUUUACAGGCCGCGUUGAUGAGAGUCCUAUCUGAUGAGUGUCUUCCGGCAAACGAGCGUUUGGCAAUUACAUCGUUAAUACAGCAUGGCGUUUCUCGCGGCAUGUUUGCACCCAGUUCGUCCAGUAACGGCUGGUUGGUGCCAAAUAGUGGCGGUGGUAUCGCUGGCAAUGUGGGUUCCAGGCAGGGACCUCACUACAAUACCAAGAAAGAAUACUGUUCGUACUGGAUUCGCCAUGGCGAGUGUGACUAUCAGCAGCAAGGCUAG